AUGUUUUCGUGCGUAGUAGUCACCAUUAUUCUUGCAGUCUUCAGUCGAUCGUGUUCUGCAGAUUGCCCAAAAAUCACCACUCAAAAGGAUUUCAACGCUACUAAAUACUUAGGUGCUUGGUAUGAAAUUGAACGAAACAACAUUAUUUUCGAAGUUGCAUCGAAAUGUGAAAAUGCUACCUAUACAGCUAAUGAUAAUGGAACUGUAGGUGUUUGGAAUCAAGCCAUUACUGAGUACAGCGGUUACUAUAGUAUUCACGGUAUUGCUCAAGUGAAAGAUCCUGCUGAGCCAGGUGCUUUGGAAGUUAUUUUUUCCAAUCCACCUCGUAAGGGAGAUUAUAACGUUAUUACAACUGAUUACAGCGAAUAUGCACUUGUUUACGCAUGUGAACCCAUACCAAUCAUUGGUGUCAGAAUGGAAUUCAUUUGGAUUUUGUCUCGAAAGAAAGCGCUAUCUCCAUCGCGUAUCGACGAACUUAAAAAGAUCUUGAAAGCCAUGGGUGCUAACGUUGAAAGUGUUAAACCAACGAAACAAGAUUGCUAA